AAUGACAUUUUAGCAAAAAAAAAAAAAAAAUCGCGAUCAGAAUAUUCUAAAUACAAAGGACGUUUAUGGACAUCAUGCAGCCUAAAUAAGCACUGGUGGCCAGUCACAUUAGGAGGGUGGAGUUUGUUUGUUGUAGCUGCGCGCCAUCUGUCAACCAGGAAGUCCUCUAUAAGACGCAUUCACUUUCCAGAUGCAGAGGAAUGGGCUGGGCAUCUUUCUGUCAUGAAUAAGAGGAAGUCUUGUGUCCACAAUGUUGCAAAACCGUCUAAGACUCCUAGGACAGAGGGCAAAACACAUGUUCAGGAUGAGGUUGAUGAGGAGGAUGAAGUCCAGCAAGAUCACUCACUCUCUACUUCGAGCGUGGGAGAUAUCGGCAUGAUAGAAAGUAUCACUUUGAGGAACUUUAUGAGUCACCAUUUGCUCGGACCUUUCAAAUUUGGACCAAAUGUAAACUUCAUUGUUGGGAACAAUGGAACUGGGAAAAGUGCCAUUCUCACAGCUCUUAUAGUGGGUCUUGGUGGAAAAGCAACCAUAACCAACAGAGGAACAUCUCUGAAGGGCUUUGUGAAAUAUAGAGAGAGUUUUGCAGACAUUAAAGUGAAAUUAAAAAACAGUGGCAACGACCCCUAUAAAGGUGACAUUUAUGGAGACAGCAUCUGCAUUGAGCAUCGGAUCACAAGCGACGGUUGCAGGACUUGUAAAAUCAAGAAUAAAACUGGUCAUGUCAUUUCCACAAAGAAGGAAGAGUUAACUGCUAUACUGGACCAUUUCGGCAUCCAGGUUGACAAUCCCGUUUCAAUACUCAAUCAAGAAAUGAGCAAGCAAUUCCUCCAUUCAAAAAGUGAAGCAGACAAGUACAAGUUUUUCAUGAAAGCAACUCUUCUGGAGCAAAUGAAGAGAGACUACAUUCACAUCAAGCAGACUAAAGCCUUGACGCGCGAACAGGUGGAAAGACAAGAAGAGUGUCUUAAAGAUCUCAGGCAGUUGUUUUUGCAAAAGAAAGAAAGAUAUGAAUGCUUGUCGUCGCUUGACAAUAUGAGACAGACUCUAGAGGACCUGAAAAAGAAAAUGGCAUGGUGUUUGGUGAGCGAGAAGGAGAGGCUUGUUGAACAACUGAUGGAACAAAUUGAAAAAGAAGAGUCUGACUGUAAACAUGAAGAAAAGCUGCAGCUCUGUCAGAGCAAAGUUACCGCUGCUGAAAAGAGAUUGCAGGACAUUCAGAAGAAGGUUUGCAUGCUUAGAGAAGAGCAGGAGCGUUUGGCAGAGGAGAGCCGUAAAAUGAAGGAAGAAAUUAAAGUCAAAACGAAAGCACAGAAAGAUCAGGAGGUGGUUUACUUCCGCGCUGAGAAUAAAUUGAAACAAUUAGAAAAGGAGCAAAGCCUUCUUCAGGAGCGAAUUCACAAAAUAAGUCAUGGCAGUGGCAGAAGAAGCCAUGAGACUGAGCAAGCACAGCAUCAAAAAAAAAUAUCUGCCUUCAAAAAGCAGCUGGAAAAGCUUGAGGAAGAGUCCAGCGCUCUGAAUCAAGAGAUCAAGGACAAACAACAAGCUCUGCUUAAAGGAAGAGAGGAAUAUGAUAAACUGAGUUUUAGAGUUUUUAUAUAUUUUUUUUACAUGGAGGAAAAGAACAUCCAGGUCUCUCUGGAGUCCAGACUGAAGAGAAAAAAGCAGCUAAUGGCCAGCAGAUCCAACAGACUGAGACGCUUUGGCGAUCACAUGCCAGAAUUGUUGGAGUCCAUCAACAAUGCCUUCUCUCAGGGCCGAUUCAUCAAGAAACCUGUGGGACCAAUAGGUGCAUGCAUCAGCCUAAAGGAUCCCAGUUUAGCCGUGGCUGUGGAGAGUUGCUUACGAGGUUUAAUUAAAAGCUUUUGCUGUGAUAAUUACAGGGAUGAAAAAGUCCUGCAAGGACUGAUGUCCUCAUACUUCCCAAGAGGCAACAGGCCUCAGAUAAUCGUGUGUCCAUUCACAGACAGAGUCUAUAACCUGCAAGGCCGUGGAGUCCAUCUUCCUGAGUUUCCGUCUGUGCUGGACUGCCUCAAUAUCGAGAACCCAGUGAUAACAAACUGUCUCAUUGACAUGAGGGGCAUUGAGAGCAUUCUGAUUAUCAAAGAGAGCGCUCGUGCGAGGAAGGUCAUGCAGGGGUCGAGACCCCCAAAGAACUGUCGUGAGGCCUUCACUGCAGAUGGUGAUCAGGUCUACACCAAUCGCUAUUAUACAACUGAACAUGAAGUACUGGCCCAGUAUCUUGGUGGAGACCCUGAGGCAGAAAUACGUCUGGUGGAGUCAGAGCUGGAGAACAAUCAGGCUCAGCUUUCACGGUUCCAGCUUCACUUGGGCUCUGUGAGGGAAGACAUUCAGUACAUGGAGGAGAAGCUGCGUAGUGUCAUCAUGGCCUGCAAAAAGAAUCAGGAAAGUAUAAACAAGGUUAAAGCUUCCAUAACCGAACUUAAGAACAUUGAAGAAGCGCAGGAUGAAGACAUCAGCUCCCUGGAAGAAGAAGCACAAGAAAAUGAACAGAAGAUCGAAUCGGAGAGGAAAAACGUGAAAGAGGCUCAGGAUGAGUUAAAGAAACAUGAGACAGUGCUUAAGAAUAUUAAUCAGAAAUAUAAUGAUGUGAGAAAUAAAAUGGAGCAACUCUCAGAUGAGACAGAACAACUGAAGGAGGAGCAAGUUAAGGCAGAGGCUGAGUGCAGUAAACUUGAUCAAACCUUGAAGAUCUUGGAGAAGAAACUUGAGGAUCAUCAGGCUACUGUUCAGGCCAUGAAAGAUGAUCUGUCACUCAGAGAGGAAGAAACACAGGAUUGUGAAGCCAAAGCCAAAGAGAUCUGUCCUGUGCGACAGCAGGUAGAUCAGAGUGCCAGACGCAUUGUCCUAGAGUACGCAGAGGCUCACAGUAAUUACAAAAGCAAAUCCAGUCAGCUGAGGGAUCUCAGGAAGUUUAUUGAUCGUCUGGACCACAUCAUGAUUGACCGUCAGGACCGAUACAAAUCAAUGCGACGGUCACUUUCUGUGAGAUGCAAGCUGUACUUCAACAACUUCAUGAUGCAGCUGAACUGCUGUGGCUCUAUGAUGUUUGAUCACAUCAAUGAAACUCUGUCCAUUUCUGUGAAACCCCCCGGUCAGGAAAAUAGCAACGUCAAUGACAUGCGAUCCCUCUCAGGAGGCGAGCGCUCCUUCUCCACCGUCUGCUUCAUUCUGGCACUCUGGGAGAUUACCGAGUCGCCUUUCCGGUGCCUGGACGAGUUUGAUGUCUAUAUGGACAUGCAUAAUCGCAGCAUUUCAAUGAACAUGCUUGUGGCACUUUCAGAACGUCAACAUCAGCGACAGUUCAUCUUCAUCACCCCUCAGCCCACCAGGUAGAAAAAUACAACCCAUCUGCCUAAUAGUUCCCAUAUUACGAUCCACCAGCUUCAGGAUCCAGAGAGAGAGGCGGAGGAGGAGUGAGAUGUGUGUUAGGUACGGACAUUGCCUGGAGAGACUGUACUGAAAGUGUGUAAUGUUUACAUGUUUAUUAUGCAUUUGCUUUUAUUUAUUUUUAAAGAAGUUUUAUGGUUCUAGUUCCUCUGCAAAGGAUGUUUUAAAAGCACAAAGCGUACGGCUAAUUUGUGUUAUUGUGGGUCCACACCAUUUCAUCAAGUUCAUGUGAUCUUUUAAGAAAAAAGAAAAAAAAGGAGGCUCAAGGAAUAGUUCACCAUGUACUCAGGCCAUCCAAUAAUUAGAUGAGUUUGUUUCUUCAUCAGAACAGAUUUGGAGAAAUUUUGCAUUACAUCACUUUGCUCACCAAAGGAUCCUCUGCAGUGAAUGGGUGCCGUCAGUAAUACACACAACUCCAGUACAUCAAUUAACAAUUGCAAAGUGAGAAGUUGUGUGUUCGUGGAAACAA